UCCGGAAGUGCGGACCCUCACGUGACGGAGGCGGAAGGCGGCUGGGGCGAUGGCGGCCGAGGGGGAUGUCGAGCUGGAGCUGGAAGCGGAGCCCAACGGCUCGGCGGUCGGCGGGGAAGGGGCCGGAGGACGGCCGGCCGAGAAGCCGCGCAAGCACGACAGCGGCGCGGCGGACCUCGAGCGAGUCACCGACUACGCCGAGGAGAAGGAGAUCCAGAGCUCCAACCUGGAGACGGCGAUGUCAGUGAUAGGAGACCGGAGAUCCAGAGAGCAGAAAGCAAAGCAGGAGCGGGAAAAGGAACUGGCCAAAGUUACUAUCAAGAAGGAGGAUUUGGAGUUGAUUAUGAACGAAAUGGAGAUAUCCAGGGUGGCAGCAGAGCGCAGCUUGCGAGAACACAUGGGGAAUGUCGUGGAGGCACUGAUCACCCUCACCAAUUGAGCCAGCUGUUGGACUGACUUGUAUGGAGUGAGGGGAGGGGGAAACAGCCUUUCAUCUGCUGUCUCUGGGCAUGCUCUAUACUGCACUCCACAUCUUAAAGCUAUUGGAAUAAAGCUGCCAUUUUUGAACGUG